AUGGCGCUGGUCGGCACCACAAAGCAGCUGGAUGACGCAAUCCAGGAAGGCUGCGCCGCGGGCAAGCUGGUCGUCGUCAAUUUCUUCAGCCCUGACUGCUACGGCUGCAAGAGCCUGCAGCCGAAGCUGCGCCAGUUGGCGCGCGAGCGCGAGGCGUCGGCGCUGUUUCUCAAGGUGGACGGCUCCGCGGACGGCCUGCGUGAAUACUGCGAGGCCCAGGGCGUCACCAAGAUACCCUUCUUCCAUUUUUACAGGGAUGGGGCCAGGGUGGCCGAGCUCACGGCCAACAUGCAGCCCGAGAAGCUGCGGCUGCUGCGCGACACGCUUGAGGCGCACGGCGCGGGCGCCGCGUUGCGGUGA